AUGGAGGCGGCCUUCGGUCAGACGAAUAAUAUCCAAGUGGAGAGGAAGAGAGGAGUGAAGAGCGAGGAGUUGCUAAAAGGCUUGCAAGAAGCGCUUGAGAGAGGCUCCAUGGAAAUGUGUGAGCGGAAUCCUUUAAAUCCCGGCUAUGUUGGGUCUCUGCUGAAUUUUGCUCCCCCAGAGUCGCUGUAUUUCUCCAACUUGCGCGGCAAUGGAGCCCACAUACCCGGGCUUCAUCAGCUGCCGUACAACAGGAGAGACGUGUGCACCCUCCCGUGGACUUCCUCAAGUUCGUGUGCAUCUGGACCAUCAGCAGCACCGACGCAGGGCCGCGCGUUCGGCGGCUACUGUCCGUCCUUUCUGUCCAACUCCUCGACUUCUGUGGGCGCCGGCCCCUCCGGCGGCCACGUCAAGACGCAUUUGGAGGAGUCCGCGGCUCGAUGCUUUCAGAACACGAGCCACAAGACAGUGGAGGCUGGCAGGCUAGAUGAGAGCUACUCAUCUGAAGCCGGGAUCCGCGGUUACUCUGAAGUGAACAGUGGCUCUGCCGCACUGCUCGCUCCGAAUCCAGCCGCUCCUGUGCACGUGAACGGCACCAAACAGGAGCACGACCCCACCGUGACACCAUCAACUAACGCGUGUUCCAGGACCACUUUUGGCCAGGGUGCCCCGUGGUGCUCGUCCCAGGUGAAAACAAGAAAAAAGAGGAAGCCUUACUCGAAGCCUCAGCUGGCUGAACUUGAGAAUGAAUUUCUGGUGAAUGAAUUCAUCAACCGACAAAAACGCAAAGAACUGUCCGACAGACUCGACCUGAGCGAUCAGCAAGGCAAAGAAGGCUGGAGAGGAGUUCCCGCUGCAGCCCAGGAGCCAAUGGAGUCUCUCGAAAAGGAAAGGAGAGAUAUGACGGAAUACGAUGAUCGCAGCUGUGCGUCAAAUAUGUUUCUACCGAGCUGCACUUAUUACGUUUCCUCGCCAGAUUUUUCAUCAGUCUCCUCCUUUUUACCACAGACUUCUUCGUGUCAGAUAAAUUUCCCUUAUUCUCCCAACAUAUCCCAAGUUCAACCUGUUAGAGAAGUCGCUUUCAGGGAUUAUGGACUGGACCAUCCCAAAUGGCACUACAGGGGCAAUUACGCGUCUUACUACUCAACGGACGAGAUAAUGCAUCGGGACUUGAUUCAGUCCUCGAGUAGCAGGGCGGAGGUGAUCUUUAAAAACGAGUCCUUGUACGGCCAUCACGGAGGAGCGAGUUCGCCGUGCAAUUUCUUCACCGGCGUCGGCCGAAACGGGGUUCUUCCGCAGGGCUUCGACCAGUUUUUUGACACUCCUAACUCCGACAAGCCCAACCCGGAGGUCCCCAAACAAAAGACAGACUCUGCUCCUCCCGGUGAUGCUGCCAGUAACGAGCAGACUGAGACCAAACUAGACCCACAGAACGGGGAGCCCACCGGGAGCCUCGACGAAGACUCUUCAUCCAACUGCGGCGACAAGGGCACUCGGCAGAGUUCAUCCACCAAGUCCAGGAAGAAGAGGUGUCCUUACACCAAAUACCAAAUCCGAGAACUUGAACGAGAGUUUUUCUUCAAUGUGUACAUCAACAAAGAGAAGCGGCUUCAGCUGUCCAGGAUGUUAAACCUGACAGAUCGCCAGGUGAAGAUUUGGUUUCAGAACAGAAGAAUGAAAGAGAAAAAACUUAACCGUGACCGCCUACAGUAUUUCACCGGGAAUCCUUUAUUCUGAUCUCUGGCAUGACCUGAGUCUUUCAUUUUCUUUAACUCCGUCUCAGAAACAGACCUUAAGAUGGGAAUUGGCACACUCCUUGUUAAGUUUGCUUUUAAGACAAGAACCACGUGAGAAUUCUAAAUUCUGCGUCACACUACCUUUGGAUUUAGCAACAAGUCAUGCCUUAUAUAUAUAUUUUUUUGUUUGUUUAAUCUUCAACAAAAAAGGUAGCAAACUGCGGGCUCUGCUUUAAAAUAAAUUGUGUGAAAUUUGCGUUUUAUCUUAGAUAUUGUGUACAUUUGUAAGACGCAUGUGAGCUGUACGUUGUGGUGUGAAAUAAACCAUACGGAGGAAGACAUAUUCACCAAACCGGUCACUUGAGGUUCUGCGAAAAUGACAGAACGCACCAAUGAGGGGGGAUUUUCUGGAGAUUGAUACAUGGAGAAAUUUGGCGCUUGCAGGCUUGUAUGGUCCCAUCGUUUCCUUUUCUUUGAAACGAUGGAUUGUUUACUAAACCUUGAACCGUCUAGACAGCAUAAUAAAAGUAGCUGUAAAUGUCUAAAUAGGGGGCUAUUGGACUUUGUGUCCCAGCCCCCAAGACCACAUGAGGACUGAUUUCCCUUCCUGUCUUUUAGUAGUUUAACUCCAGGCAAGAAGCUCUUGAACAAAUCAAGAGAUUUCUAAGCAUUCCGUCCAUGUUGAGCUCGCCCUGCCAUCUUGAGGCCCUCGUAAUGUUACCAGCGUUGUCUGGAAACAGAGGAAGGUAUUCUCACGGACCGCCAUCUGGAAGGAUAAGUAAUUUUCCAAGUUUGUUUCAUUUUGUAGCCCUGAAAAAAAAUUAUGUCUUUGACAGUGCGUCUUAAAAAUCUGCUCUAAACAUUUGCAGAGCGCCGCGUUUCCGUCUAAUUUCUGCAGGUGAAACAAUUCCACGUGCAGCUCGAUGCUGCCUUGACCUAGCCGUUUGUGCAAAGAGAGAAAACAACAUCCUCUCAAGGCCACAGCUCUCCCAUCUGUGUGCUUCUGCAGACAACGUCGUCCCUGCGUAAAUAAAUGCGCUUAUGGCUCACUCGUGCGCCUUAAUAUCGAGUCACAUGACGCAGCUGCUGGUUCUUUUAGCUUUGCUGCAGCGUUUAAACGGUACUUUGUUGGGAACACGCGGUGUGGAGGGUGAUCUGUUUGUUUGAACUGUUGUGUCACUCCUGUUAAAUACAAUUCGCUCGUUGUUUCCCCCGAAGGGCUUCAGGAACAGCGAGCUUUCAUUAGACGUAGAGCCGGGCCGUGGUGUUGUCCCACAGAGAAACUGCGUCCCCAACUGUGAGAGGAGGCUGGCUCCCGUUCUCAGUGUGUCCACGUGGGGGCAGACUCUUAACUUCAGCUCAGUCCAAAUGUAGAGCUGGGCCAGUUUAGGAUCCAGAUCGAGAGCAGUGAGAGCAAGAUUCUACUUUUAGUGUUUUCUUAUUGUUUAUGUUAUUGUUUGUUUUUUUUGUUUGAAUUGUUUCCUUUAACGGACAGCAUUCUGCAGGAUUGUUUCUUCCCCCCUUUAUUUUAGUUCACAGAAACAUCCAAACAGCAUUUCUAAAAAAUAAUUCUUCUUUUAUAGCAACUGUGCGUAAAAACGCACAGAUCUAAUCUCGAAGCAUAAUAUUUGCCUCCCUUGGUUCAACUUGAAUGGAUGAAAUUCCCCAGUCAUGUCCUCCACAUUGCCCCGUUUGGAAGUCUCUUUUUGGGGUUAGAUAUGGUUGAUAGAAAUUCAAUUCUGCUGCUUUUCUGUGAUAAGUGGCCACAAAACAGACGCCUCUGUCUGGAUGGCCUCCGAAUAAGAUGCCACUUUUAGUGUUGACAUGUACACUUCAGACGGGAUUUUCUUAGCAAUUCUGAUCGGCGUCCAUGUGACUUUUAGAAAUACAUGCGCUUAUGUCUGUGUGUUGAUGUUUGCUUUGAAGCAGAGCAGGUAAAGGUACUCCGAAAAGGCGAAGUUAUUUUACAUGUUAAAGCUUUUGGUUUAACAAAAAUAUCUGUGUUGAUCUAUUUGAAAGCUUUACUCUACAUACAUUCUGUUAAUUUGAUUAAAGCUUGUAGUAUUUGUUUGAAAUUAUUAUUAUUAUCAUUGUUAUUAUUAUCAUUAUUCUUACGCUGAUAGCAAUAAUAAUUCGUUCACAUCAGCUCCCCCCCCUCAUAUUAGUAUGACGUUUUAUUUAGUCAUCAAUGAGUCUUGUGUAUAUUUUGAACAAAUCUCUCAUUUUACCUGACGAAUAUAUGCCCAUAUUAAGGGGUUUAUGUUUAAAGUGUAUUGGAAAGUAUGAUGUAAUCUCUGCGAAGUUGUCAUUAUCAAAAACAUGGCUAUUAAAGAAAUAAAAUCACUAAAA